AUGAAGCUGCCACGGCGCGCGUGGCGGCACCGGACGACGCUGGGCCUGGUCGGCCUGGUGCUGUGCGGCGCCGCGCUCCUCUAUCUGGCGCGCUGCACGGCCGAGGGUCCUGGUCCGUCGCCCGGCCGCAGCCCCGGGGCCCUGCCCGUCGGACCCGGACGCGCCAGUGCCUUCCUGGCUGUGUUGGUGGCCAGCGCGCCGCGGGCGGCGGAGCGGCGCAGCGUAGUCCGCGGCACGUGGCUGGCGGCGGCGCGGCGCGGCGGCCCCGGCGACGUGUGGGCGCGCUUCGCAGUGGGCACGGCCGGCCUGGGCGCCGAGGAGCGGCGCUCCCUGGAGCGCGAGCAGGCGCGGCACGGGGACUUGCUGCUGCUGCCCGCGCUGCGCGACGCCUAUGAGAACCUCACCGCCAAGGUGUUGGCCAUGCUGUGCUGGCUCGAUGAGCACGUAGGCUUCGAGUUCGUGCUCAAGGCAGACGACGACUCGUUCGUGCGGCUGGAUGCGCUGCUGGCCGAUCUGCGUGCCCGCGACCCAGUGCGCCGCCGCCGCCUCUACUGGGGCUUCUUCUCAGGCCGCGGCCGCGUCAAGCCGGGGGGUCGCUGGCGUGAGGCGUCCUGGCAGCUCUGCGACUACUACCUGCCCUAUGCGCUGGGCGGCGGCUACGUGCUCUCCGCCGACCUGGUGCACUACCUGCGCCUCAGCCGAGAGUACCUGCGCCUGUGGCACAGUGAGGACGUGUCUAUGGGCGCCUGGCUGGCGCCCGUAGACGUGCAGCGUGAACACGACCCGCGCUUUGACACCGAGUACAAGUCCCGCGGGUGCAACAACCAGUACCUGGUGACGCACAAGCAGAGCCUGGAGGACAUGCUGGAGAAGCACCAGACGCUGAUGCGAGAGGGCCGCCUGUGCAAGCAGGAGGUGCAGCAGCGCCUCUCCUACGUCUAUGACUGGUCUGCGCCGCCCUCGCAGUGCUGCCAGAGGAAGGAGGGCGUCCCCUGAGCGCUGCCGCUGCCAUGAUGGAGGGGCAGCAGCAGUGGGUCCCUUUUGGGUCCCGGUCUUACACCGGGAAAGGUGACACGUCUGGCUGGAUGAGCCCAGCGCUCGAGGGGAACCUGGUCUCGUGACCACUGGGGCUUUCGGGCAAAUGCCACACAGCAACGGACAGCUCUUAGGCCCCUGCCCCAUCAGUGGCCACACCUCCAGUCUUGCUCCAAAGCAUCUUGCUCUGGGUCUGGGAGACCCUGGGGCUGCUAGGGCAACGAAUGCGUCAUGUCCAGGUGGAGGUGUCCUGCCCCUAGAUUUCAGCCAGCAUUUGCCUGGACUGGGAAGAUGCCCAGCUUCGGGUGUGAGCCGGGGAGAAACUUCCCAGUCUGUGGAAGGUUCUGGCCCUCCCCCCACAACUCCCCCAC